AUGACGUCAACGAAUCAAAUUGAUCUUUGUGCGUGCGAAAGACUGAUUCAUUUUGAUGUAGGAGAAGGAAUUCGAAUGGUGGAAUCCGCGGGUACCACAGCUGUCGCUCCUGUCGAGGAUGAGAAGACCAGAGCCCUUACUAACUAUCGGAAGAAGCUGGUCGAAUAUCGUGAUAUUGAGCAACAGCUAAAAUUGCUCAGGAAGAAGGAAGCCGAAAUGCAGAAGAGCUUUGAUAAGUCGGAAAAUGACAUUAAAUCGUUGCAAUCUGUCGGUCAGAUCGUUGGGGAGGUACUCAAACAGUUGACUGAAGAGAAGUUUAUCGUAAAGGCUACCAAUGGACCUCGAUAUGUUGUCGGGUGCCGUCGUUCAAUCAACAAAGAACAACUAAAGCAGGGCACUCGAGUAGCUCUUGAUAUGACGACAUUGACAAUAAUGCGACAACUUCCUCGCGAAGUUGAUCCACUCGUUUACAAAAUGUCGCAUGAAGAUCCCGGCAACAUCACUUACGCUGACGUUGGUGGUCUUGCUGAACAGAUUCGUGAACUGAGAGAGGUAGUCGAACUUCCUUUGCUGAAUCCCGAACUCUUCCGACGAGUUGGAAUCACUCCACCUAAGGGUUGCCUUCUAUAUGGUCCUCCAGGAACCGGAAAGACACUGCUGGCGAGGGCCGUUGCCUCUCAGUUGGACUGCAAUUUCUUGAAAGUAGUAUCAUCCGCCAUUGUUGACAAAUACAUUGGUGAAUCUGCUAGAAUGAUCCGUGAAAUGUUCAACUAUGCGCGUGACCAUCAGCCUUGCAUAGUUUUCAUGGACGAAAUUGAUGCUAUAGGUGGUCGCCGGUUUUCUGAAGGAACAUCAGCUGAUCGAGAAAUUCAAAGAACUUUGAUGGAGUUGCUGAAUCAGCUGGAUGGGUUUGACUCAUUGGGUAAAGUGAAGGUCAUUAUGGCUACCAACCGUCCGGACACGCUUGACCCUGCUUUACUUCGUCCAGGUCGUCUUGAUCGCAAAGUAGAAAUUCCUUUACCCAACGAACAGGCUCGGUUAGAGGUCCUGAAAAUCCAUGCUAACCCGAUCACCAAACACGGUGAUAUAGAUUACGAAGCGGUAGUGAAGCUUUCUGAUGGUUUCUCUUGUGCAGAUUUGCGUAAUGUGUGCACGGAAGCUGGUCUCUAUGCAAUCAGAGCCGAGCGUGAGUAUGUUAUAGAGGAGGACUUCAUGAAGGCUGUGCGAAAGGUCGGUGAUGCGAAGAGACUGGAAACGAAACUGGAUUACAAACCUGUCUAAAACUGUUGACCUGUUAACAUAUUGGGUGUCAUGUAUUUACCAUAAGCUACAAUUCUUAAAGUUCAUCACCUUUGCUUAAUAAAUUAUUUCCAGU